AUGCAGGAACAACCAGAUCUCAAUCUACCGAUGUAUGAGACUGAUUCAAUCACCUUAAUAAAUGAAUUAAAAUCUCCGAGAUUUAUCAAGACUCAUUUACCCUACAAGCUCCUGCCAAAAAAACUUAGAGAUCACAGUACCAAAGCAAAAUUGUAUAAAGUCAGUUUAGCUAGAGAAAAAUUAUGUACUUGGAUAUGCAAUGUAAGAGUAUUUGUUACGGGUAAUGUUAACAUUUUUAUAAAGUCAACAUAUGCAGAUGAUGGUGGCGAAGGGUACAAAAGUCCAUAUUUUGAUCAUAUUAUUGGCUACUGGGAACAAAGAAACGAUCCGCAGAUACUGCUUUUGAAGUACGAAGACAUGAAACAGGACUUAUGUAAACAAAUUCGUCGAACGGCUCAGUUUUUAGGUAAAGAAUUGACUGACGACCAGGUGUUGGUUUUGGAAGACCAUUUAAGUUUCAAAAGUAUGAAAAACAACAAAGCUGUCAAUUUUGAGCCAAUUGUUGAGUUCUAUAAAACCGACCUCAAUUAUUUAGUUGACGUUAAAGGCAGUUUUAUUAGGAGUGGAAUGGUGGGCGAAGGAAAACAAAAAAUGUCACCAGAGUUUAUAAAAGUUUUUGAUGAAUUAGAGGAGAAAAUAUGCUUAGCGAAAAUUGGAUUAAAGUUUUAA